AUGUCGCGAAAUGUCCUGAUCACUGCUGCCUCCGGGCAUAUUGGCGAAGAGCUGGUCCCAAUCUUGCUACCACUCAAUCAUGUUCGGCUGAUCCUCCCGACCAGCAACGCUAGCCGUCUACAGACCAAAUUCUCAUCAAAGCCUCACUUUAGCGACGAAGAAUGCGUGAUCGAGGAGGGCUCCGUUGCCAACCCGGGGUGGUUCCAGGGGCUACUGACCAAGUACCACGUCGACACAGUCUUCUGCUGCUUGACAGGCGAGGACGAACUGUUCACCACAAUGAACUCCAUCGACUGCAUGAUCAAGUCGGGAACUGUGAAGCACCUUAUCUACCUCUCUGCGGGUGCGGAUUUCCACACCCCUGAAGGAGUUGCGCAACUGUAUCGAGAUUCCACUUCAGCUCACGUGAUGGUGAAGGUUGUCAUCGAGCAAAAGAUCCGCUUUGGUCACCUUCCAUUCUCAUGGACGAUCUUGCGCCCGAUGCUCUUCUUCGUCAAUGACAUUCGCACGAAGCAGGCUAUGCUCACCGACGGCCUCUACGCGGAGCCACUACCCGACAAGCCCCUCAGUCGAGUUGCCCCUGGGGACAUUGCGCUUGCUGUGAAAAAUAUCGUUCUUGAUACCACCGGCAAAUGGAAGGGUCAACACAUCUACAUAGGAUCUGCCAAAGGGUACACUGGGCCCGAAAUCGCAAAGAUCUGGUCCAGUGCCCUCGGCAAGGAGAUCCGUAUGCUUGAUUCCGGUGAAUCGGGUUUACAGCAUGUUGAAGAUCACCUUAGUAGGAUUGGCCGUCCCAACUGGGGUAGAGAUAUUCGCCUGAUGUAUGAGACAUUUGCUUUACGUGGCUUUGAGAUGCCCGAAAGUGAAUACCCAAAACAAGUCGAGCUGCUCGGGAAGGAACCAGAUGAUUAUGAGAAUUGGGUCAAGAGAGACAGCCGCAGGCUGGGUAUAGUCUAUGUUCUUCCAAGGCUGUCACUGCUCUGGCAUGCCUGCUUGAGAAUGGCGGGGGUUCGCGUCAAACUUCUCGAGCUAUCGAAGUUGGAAAAUCCCUCCUCGUAUAGGAACUGA